UGGUUUUUCUGAACUAGACACCUGGCCGCGGAUUGAUGGACUGAUGAGAGACAGCGGACUGGUGUGGCGGGUGAGCCCCCAGCGAUCGUCAUCAGCAGCAGCAGCCAGGUGCAGGAGAAGGGGAAGCCUCCUCCUCGCAGUAGUGGACGCCCCGCCAGCGUGACAGCCAGGGUGACACACGGACACACCGCAGGGGCACCCACACAAGGAUGGGCUGCAAUUUGUGCACUUUGCAGAAGAGAGAGGAACACUACAAGCUGCUGUAUGAGAUCGCGCAGGUGAAUGGGAAGGACCUGUCCCGUGCCAGCCAUGAGGAGGCAGUGGAGGCGUUCCGCAGUGCCAAGGACCCCAUCGUGGUGCAGGUGCUGCGGCGGAACCCGGUACCGCGGGGCCACGGGGGCGCGGGCCAGGACGUGCAGCUGGUGGAUGUGUGCACGCAGACGGAGAUCACCUUCGAGCACAUCAUGGCGCUCGCCAAGCUGCGGCCCACCACGCCACCCGUGCCUGACAUCUGCCCCUUCCUGCUCUCAGACAGCUGCCAGUCUCUGCACGCCAUGGAGCAGGAGUUCUACGAGGGCUCAGAGUACCUCUCCAACAUGGCGGCCGACGUGGAGAGGACGGACGACUUCGAGUGUGAGGAGGUGGAGCUGUGUCGCCUGAGCAGUCAGGAGAAACUGGGGCUGACGUUAUGCUAUAGGACAGAUGAGGAGGAUGACAAUGCCAUCUACGUCAGCGAGGUUGGUCCAAACAGUAUCGCUGCAAGAGACGGUCGCAUACGAGAAGGGGACCGUAUCUUACAGAUUAAUGGUCAGGAUGUGCAGGACCGUGAGGAGGCGGUGGCGGCGCUCUCCAGUGAAGACUGCAGGAACAUCCUGCUGCUGGUGGCCAGGCCGGGCCUACAGAUGGAGGACGGCUGGCUGGAUGAUGAGCACAGCGAAUUCCUGGAGGAGUUGAAGAUGGAGAUGCUGGAGGAGCAGAGGAGAGAGGAGGAGGAGAUGGAGAGGCAAGCUAACCUGCAGGAACAGCCCAGGAAGCGAGCGGAGGGUGACAUCAUGAGCGGCGGUGACACGGCCACCUGUUCCUCCUCCCUGUUCCAGGACAAGGACAGCGGGCUGGGCCACGGCCACCGCUCCGCCGACCUCAGCUCCGAGCAGGAGAUGCUGGCCCACAUCCAGAAGAGGCUCUCCCAGUGCCUCAGGGAGCGCCGCGAGGCCUGCCACCCCAGCGAGGUGGCCACCUCAGGGAUGGGGAGCGUAGGCAGCAGCCCCAGCCGACUCCUGGGUAGUGGCUCAAGCGGUGGUGUCGGUGUCGGUAUCGGUGGAGGGGAGUGUGGUGGUGGCAGCAGCAGCUGGGACGAACCCAGCGGCUCGACGACGACAACGACCAUGGUGGAGGGCGAUCGCUUCCAGCAGCUCCUGGAGCUCAAGUGCCAGAUCCGCAACAGCGGCGAGUACGACCUGUUCUACAGCCGCAGCAGCACCAUCGAGUGCAGCCUGACGGAGGGGCCGGGCAGCGGUCCGGGGGACGGCGUGGAGCGCGAGCUGCGCAUGCUCAAUGAGGAGCUGCGCAGCAUCGAGCUGGAGUGCCAGAACAUCAUGCAAGCGCACCAGCUGCGCAAGCGCGAGCCAUGGCAGACGCCGGUCAAGGAGCAGCAGGGAGGGAGCCGCAGCGUUAACGGCAGCCCUCGGAAAAACUACCAGAACCAUAGCCAGGCGGGGUCCAGCAGCAGCAACGGUGGCAUGCUGGCCGGCAAGUUGGCCGACAUCAACGAGCAUCCGGAGAAGUCGGACAAGGACAGCUCCAGCGCCUACAACACGGCCGAGAGCUCACGCAGCACGCCACUGGCCAUGGACCGCUCGCCCGAGCACUCGCUGCAGAGACUAGUCAGCCUGACCAACCAGCGCAACCUCCGUAGCAGCAUGACCUCCACCUCUGCCACGACCUCCACGGGUAUCGCGGGGCGCUCUCCCGCCUCGCUGUUCUGUUCCCCGGUCCGGCGGGCCCCCAGCGGCAGCCCCGACCACAGCAACCCGUCCGAGUCGGAGCAGACGCCUCCGCCGGCGGAUGACGAAGCUUCUCCGCUCCGUAACCAACAACAGAACCAGCAGCAGAAGGCUCUCCGGCCCUCGCGCAUCCCGUACUUCUCCCCCAGCCACAGCGCCCCCUACAGGCACCCCAACAUCCCAGCACACGCCCGCCACUACCAGAGCUACAUGCACCUGGUGCAGCAGCACUCGGCGGUGGAGUACGCCCAGAGCCAGCUCAGCCUCUUCAGCAUGUGCCCCGAGCCCCAGACCACGUCCUCCUUACCCCAGCAGCCGUCCUGCUCCACCUCCUCCGCACUACAGGCGGUGGCCGCAGCAGCUGCCGCCGCCGGCGGAGACCCCAAGCUGGAGUGGAAGGUGAAGGUGCGGAGCGACGGCACCAGGUACAUCACCAAGAGACCCGUGCGAGAUCGCCUCCUGCGGGAGAGGGCGCUGAAGAUCAAAGAGGAGCGCAGCGGCGGCAUGACCACGGACGACGACGCCAUGAGCGAGAUGAAGAUGGGCCGCUACUGGAGCAAAGAGGAGCGCAAGCAGCAGCUGCUGAGGGCCAAGGAGCAGCGGAGGCGGCGCGAGUUCAUGCAGCGCAGCCGGCUGGAGUGUCUCAGAGAGCACCCCCAGAGCGGAGGGGAGGGGACGUCCGGGUCCGGGCCGGGAGGUCAGGGCCAGGGGGGGUCGGGCUCGUCGCCCCGCAAGGAGGUGAGCAUCAUCGAGCUGAGCCACCGCAAGAUGAUGAAGAAGCGCAACAAGAAGAUCUUGGACAACUGGAUGACCAUCCAGGAACUCAUGACCCACGGGGCCAAAGCGCCCGAGGGAGCCAAAGUCCACAAUGCCUUCCUGUCCGUCACCACUGUAUAGAGACACUGUACAAAGCAAAACCACCAAUACUAAAGGACUAAGACAGAUAAACAGAUCAAGAGACAAGAAAGCGUAAAACUCAGCCUCUUACCCCAUGUGGUAUUUAUCUACUUUGCCUCGUUCAAUGUGGCAUUUUUAUGUGGAGAUGAAAAAAAAAGAGACUAGAAAAAGAAAACUAUUUUUCACACUUUGUAACCUA